CGAUAUAAAAAAAUUAGUGAUUAUCUCCUAAAACUCAAAUUGGUCGCGGCAUCACAACCAGUGGCGGAGCCACUUGGAGAGGAGGGGGUGCUUUGCACCCCUCUUGGGUUUGGAGAAAAAAUUUCCGAGUAGGGGUAUAUACAAAUUCGAACCAAUGACUAUUCAGUUGCAGGAAGAAUUUCUUAUCAUUUCGAUCGAGUGAGUUUUGUUAUGUAAUGCACUUUCGUCUUUAUUUAUAGUAAUAAAUUGUUGUCUUUUGUUUAAAUUCGCUCAUUUUUUUUAUAGCUCUACAAUAGAGAAAUUUCUUGUCUUUUGUUUAAACAAAGUUGAAAGUGAAGAAGUACCAAUUGAAGUUCACUUGUUUGUUUCACAAAAUCAAUUCCAAGGUACUUCUGAGUUCUAAUUUGUAAUAUUUGAUGAAUGGAAGUCUUGAUUUGUAUGUACAGAACUUAUUUGUUUGACGUUGUAACCGGUGUACGUGAAACUAUUUUAAUGUAAUUGUGUGAAUUUAGAGUAUUGCGUUGUUGACUUUUUGUUUAAUUUAAAGUUGACUUUUCUAUUGUAUAUGUGAUUUUUUAUGAUAUGAUAAAGACACCCCCUUGGCCAAUUUCCUGGCUCCGCCACUAAUCACAACCUAGUAACUUUAAUUAGUCAUGAGCUACUCAAUUAAUCGAAACGCAUCCUCUGAGCAAAAACAAAGUAGCUAGCUAAAGUACAUGGACAGAAAAUGACAAGACAGUUUACAAAAGUCAAGCUCAAGAUGAGUCCAAUUUAAGGAAUAUAAUGGCAAAUAUAAUCCCUCCUCAUUAUUAAAGGGUGGAAAAAGUCCUUGGGGAUAUUGCGGGCGGCAUUAUACAAUCUUGCUGUGCCUGCCUGCCAGCCAGCACCAUCAUCCUUUCUUCUUCUUCUUCUUCGUCUUCUCGCUCAUAUUAACUGCACAUGCAAGCAGCAGCAGGAUUAUGAUCACCACAAUCACCAACUCAAACUCCAUUAUUAAUUAACAUCACCAACCAACCAGAGAGCUUUGUGUCGACACUCGACACUAGUUACCCUAGCUAGCUAGUGUAGAAAGCAGGAAGAAAUAAAUCUUAUAAUCAGCCCUUUCCAAUUGAAUUAAGAGAAGCCUCUCUCUCUCUGAAAUUGAAUGCAGCAGCAGCAGCAAGGCCACAUUGAAUGCCCACGCGGUUUCGAAAGAGCAUUGGUCUCUCACACAGCUGACUUUGGCCUCCACUCCCCUCAUUAUGCAUCCCAUUUUUUGCUGUCAUUUUGACUCUCCUCCUUUCUCUUUCUCUGCCACCUCCCACACCCUUUCCACUCUGUCUCUUUCCCCCCUUCCCCAUUUAUUAAUGUCAGCAUUUGGCAAUGUGCUCUCUCUCUAUAAAUGCACUUUCACCGUUCCUUUCUCCCCAAUUUUCUCACAAGUCACAAGUCACAGUACCCUUUAGAAUCCACCUGCGCAUCUCAGCAAGCAAGCAAUCUGCUUUCUUUCUCCAAACAAGAAACAAGAAGAAGAGAAAGGUGAGGAAUCCAAUUAGAAGAAGGGGAAGGAUCUGAUCUGAUCUGAAGAAUGGGGAGACCACCAUGCUGUGACAAGGCUGGGGUGAAGAAAGGCCCAUGGACUCCUGAAGAGGACAUCCUCCUCGUCUCUUACAUUCAGGAGCACGGCCCUGGCAACUGGAGAGCCGUCCCCACCCACACUGGGCUGCUGAGAUGCAGCAAAAGCUGCCGGCUUCGAUGGACUAAUUACCUCCGUCCAGGGAUCAAGCGCGGCAACUUCACUGACCACGAAGAGAAGAUGAUCAUCCAUCUCCAAGCCCUUCUCGGGAACAGAUGGGCAGCCAUAGCUUCGUACCUCCCGGAGAGAACGGACAACGACAUCAAGAACUACUGGAACACCCAUCUCAAGAAGAAGCUGUCGAUGAUGAACAAUAGCGAUUCCUCUUCUCCGUCUGCCUCGCCGUCGACUUCCUCGUCGGCUAAUUCAUCGAUCUCGUCUUCCAGCAGGAAAGCUACGAAACCCUCGAGAGGCCAAUGGGAGAGAAGGCUUCAAUCCGACAUCCACACCGCCCGCCGCGCCCUCUCCCACGCCAUAUCUCCCCCGCCGACGGCCACAUCUUCCUCCUCGGCGUACGCGUCCAGCGCCGACAAUAUCGCCAGGUUGCUUAAAGGCUGGAUGAAAAACAAGCCUACUAGCAACGACUCGGCCGAGUCGAUGCCCGCUAGUGGUGGCGUGGACUCGGUGGUCGAGUUACCGGGUCGCGCAUUAAAUGCUCUGCUCGGGUUCGGGUCGGGCGACGGGGCUUCGAAUUGUUCCUAUGAUCUUUCGCUAAGCGGCUCUCCUCCUGCGACUACAACAGCAACGACGUCGUUCAAGGUGGAAGAAGGGUGCGAGGAUGUGUCUGAUCCGGACGAGGCGAGCUUGUCGUUGCUCGAGAAAUGGCUACUCGACGAAGGAACUUUUUUGACCGCCCUUGGGAAUUAACAUGAGUUUCUUACUGCGGUGCUCGAGUAUAAAAACAAUUCAUUUUUAAUCUUUUUUUUUUUUACUGGCAGCUAAUAGAUGGGUAAUGACUAAAAAAUUCGUUGAUUAUCAUUUUCCCUAUUUUAUUUACAAUAUUGCUCCCAGAAUGGACUGAUGAGCUCGGAAAUGAAGAUGCAGAUAGGAUUGAUAUCGUUGGAUUAGUGAGAUUUUAAUCACAUCAAAUGCAAUCCAAUGAUAUCAGUUUUAUCCAAUGAUAUCAGAUUUUAAUCACAUAAAUGAAGUGCCAUUGAAAUAUUGAAAUUUUAUAUUUUAUAUUUUCCAUAUGGUACCCCGUCAGCGUCAAUUGGUUAAUGUUGCGAGGGUUUCUCUUUUGGUGUGACAGUAACGUAUACGGUAAUACUACAGACAUGGUUUCAUUUCAUGGAUGUAAAGUUAGGAAGAGGAAGGAGUUGGGCCCGUUCUAGAGUCCAAAGCUGAAGCACGCCAGGCUUUCAACCCGCCACCCAAUAUGGGCUUAAAUUGCUGGGUCAGGCCCAAACCUUCACCAUCUUAGUCAAUUAUAGUUUUAUAGACAAGGUCAAUACUACGAUGUCGUAGAUAAAAGUGUGGAACCGGUGAAGCUAUAUUCUAUUGGGCCACGUGGCAUUCUAUGUGGCAUAGAUUUGCGUUGCUGGAAGCCCAAACCAAAGCUAACCAAACUCGGUUCAACCUUUUACAGUCCGACAUAAUAUAUGAUUUCUUUUUCACUCUUUAUUUUAUAAUUAUUCCUCCAUCACCGCACCGCUUCUCUCUCCUUCAUUGUCGUCGACGCUCUCUCUCCUCCACUGCCUCGCUCUCUCCACUACCAUAGUCUCUAUCUCCUCUGUUUUCCCGAUGACGACGACCAGAUCUGCUUUCUCUCUCUCCAACGUUGCUGCCUCCGUCGCGAUCGCCUUUCCCUUUCUCCAUCGCCGUCGGCGCCUUUGAGGUCUCCUUCCUCUCUCCAUCGUCGCCGUCGCCCCCCCCCCCUUCCAUUGUUGCCACCGCUGCAGUUCUCCGACAAAUCUGCCUUUGGCGGUGUUUAUCUCUCCUCCACCACCGUCGUUGACAUCGCUUCUCUGCCCUCCACCGUCGUCGCCACCAUCUCUCUCUCCACAGACGUCACUGCCUUUCUCUUUCUCUCUCUCCUCCACCGCGCUGCGAUCUCUCUCCUCCACCGGUUUUGGGAUCUUUCUUUUCUUGGUUACAUAUUAGAUAGGUUUUAAAUAUGUAUUUGUACUUUUAUCGAUAUUGGAUCCUUCCUCGAGGUUAGAGUAAUCGAAUGGUAAAAAAACUAUAUUUAGGGGCCGUGAAACUAUAUGAGAAGAGGGAAAAAGGUAAAAAGUAAGGGGUUGUUUGCUCUUGAGAUUUUGGUCCAAAAUCCCACACCUAUGAGAUCAUGCUUAAAAUCCAUGUUUGGUAUUAAAAUGGUGUUGAAUUA